AUGACAAAGGUAUUAAGCGACUGCCGCGGCCUCCGUGCCUAUGGCGUUAUCGCAAAGGCCAACAAACUCUCAACCCCGUGGAGCUACUGGCCUCACUGUUGGGGCUUGACAGUGCUCGUGGUGAUGACAGCCUCGGCGGCGCCCCUUGUGCAUGACUGGACCAUCAUGUACCGCACUUCGCUGGACGCCUCUGUGCUGGCUGCCACCAUUUCGACCAUCUUCCACCUCUUCCUGUGGAUCUUGCUGUGGAUGGCCCUCACCGUUAAGUCCAAGUGGUACUUCAAGCUCCGGGUCCAGAUUUCGAAGACGAUUGUCACCAAUACGCACUCCAUUCGGCUGGUCAACGAAGUGCAGCUCUCCAAGCAGGUCGAGGACACCGAAGGGCCUGUGAUGGUGAUCGGCGCCGGGAAGACCUACCUGCUGCAGGAAGGGAGCCCCAAGCGGUCGCUCAUGAAGCUCGUGAUGCACACCGUCACGGAGAAGAAGGCGCGCGGAGAGGAAGAGGAGAUUUACUGGCUGCGUCCCAAGCCUCCUCCCGGCGGGUCCGAGAGCUGGAAUAAAAGGAAGCAUUCGCCCGGAGCCAAGCACAAGGUCACCUUCGACGAUACUCCUUCGACCUCCAGAAAACGGGAUUCGGGCAGGGGUAACUUGUGUCCCGACGUCCUUCACGAUCUGUCAGACUCCGACACUUCGGACAGCGACGGGGACUACGCUAGGCUACGCGACGUGUCCUUCCCGGGACCCACCAGGAGGCUCUCCCAUAAGGAGGAGCCGAAGGAGGAGGGCCGUCCCCCUCCCCAGGACCUCAGCUUCCCGGAGUCAGACUCAGUUCCUGUGGGCGGAGACUUCCCGGCCCCGCCCCCUGAGCUAACAGACCCCGCCCACUAUCCGCCCCCGCCCACAACACCGCCCAGCAGUCCCCCCGCCCCCCCUCCCAUCGCCCAGCCAACAGCUAUGAACUACCAGAGCGCUGCUAUGACUCACCAGCAGCCCAUGCCCCACCAGCAGCCCAUGACUCACCAGCAGCCCAUGCCCCACCAGCAGCCCAUGACUCACCAGCAGCCCAUGACUCACCAGCAGCCCAUGACUCACCAGCAGCCCAUGACACAGCCCCCACCGCCUCUCAUGAGUCAACCCCCGCCCGUUAGUCAGCACCAGCAGCCUCAGCUCGUUAAACAGCCACCAAGUAUUAAUCAACAGGCUUCUAACAGUCAGCCGAUGCAAGCUCAACCACACCCGCAGAUUAAUAUACUUCGCGGCAACUCUAUGUAUUUCCCCUUAGGCCAGCAAUUUCCAGGUACCACAGGUUACCAGGUACCAUUACACGAUUCCCAAUUCAGUUUCUUUUACCAGGAGAGCAGCCCCGGGCGCAGCGGAGACCCAGCCGUAGCGGGAGAGGCGCCCAGGUGCUCUGAUUCUUCCUCCACCGCCUCCUCCGUGAGUCCUCCUGACAAGCGCUGUGACUCAGGCAUCCACUCGCAGGCUUCUUACUCAUCCUCAUCAGCAUCGCACUCCAAAUCGGGUUCUUCUGGCUCCGAAAGCUGCGUGCCUCUUGCCCCUGGUGCUGGCCCCCCCCGCUCUUCCAGUGUCGAUAACCUGUGUCGGAACCAGCCCCCGCCGCCGCCCCCGGAGCCGUGCGUCAAGAGCCUCUCCCUGCAGCGGGGCGCCAUGCCUCCCUCCGUACAAACGAGCCAGGCCGACCAAGCCUCCGCCGCGGGGAAGUCGGGUCGGCUGAACAUCGAGGUGGUCGGCGGAGGCUACGGCUUCCUCCCGCCGUCGAAGUUCGUGGCCUCCGAGCCCGUCUACAGCGACGCCUCCACGCCAGUCGUGAUCAAGCGACGGAGCUCCGUGACGGCCGUCGAGCCCGACACGCCCCCCUACGAACGCUCAGGCUCCUCCUUCAGCACAUUCACGGAGCCGCAGCUACCGCGGGCAGUCCUCCGGGGCCCCCACUACCCCGUGGCCAAGGCUCAGACGGUGGCAUCGCAUGGCAUACGCGCGCGCCGCCUGCCCGCAGCCGAUGCUAAGCAUAACACUAUUGCUGGGGUCGUUCCGCCUAAGGGCUUCCAUCAGCCGGGCCACAUCGACUCGCGCUACUUUUCCGUGCCCGCCGUCAAGCCGCCAGCUGAUGUGCCCGUAAGAUUAUGAUUUGAUGGAGCUGUAUCAUCUGAACGAGAAAAUCAGUGAAGGAAGGUAUCAGUAGCACUUGGAAUUACGAGGAAGGAGAAGCAGGAACUUCAGGGUGUAUAUACUCAUUCCAAGGAAUCUGCUGCAUAUUACAAAAAUGCGUGUAAAUGAAACGUACCAGUAACACAGUCUAUGGGGACCAGAUGUUGACAGGAUUCAACGGCUCAGAGUGAUAGUGAUGUGAGGUGAAAAUAUGUUAGUGAUAUGAGAUGAGGGAGACCUAAGUGUGCGUACCAGAUGAACAUGCUGAGAGGGUCUGGCUGCACUCUGUGAGGAAGACUAUACAGAAAUAUGAGAAGUGCUCGUAUAGUCAUCGCUAGUCGUAGCUUUUUAAGAAGUGAAAACUAAGUCAGUAAUGUUAAACCUGGUGAAAAUGUGUGAGUGAAAGACAGGCCAUUGUUAGGACUGAGAAACUUGGGAGAAAGAAACACAGUGAACUCUGCAGACCCAUUCUAUACAUCUAUAACUAUGGCAUAUUGUUGCAUUUGUGGGAGUUUCCAGAUGGUCCUUGUAUGUGCUGAAUAGAGGAAAACUUCGGAAGACACAUAUCAGCUUGCUCUAGCACAAAGUGUAGAAGAGCAUUGUCUGACUUAGUAUGGAGAGCAUGUCCGCAUACUGUGACACUAAGCAUUUGCACAUCUCCCAGUUUAGAUGUUGGGUGUUCACGUCAAGUGCAACUGCUCAAUAUUGCCCUUUGUACCCAUUACAUAUAUCUAAACUCUCGUAGUUUCUUACGGAAUUGGAGUAACUUUGAAGAAAAAAAUAUGCCUUAAAGGGAGUUGUGACAAGACUAAAUACUGAUUGUAAAUCAUGUGUGGUGUACAACAAAAUACAUUGAAUGAUUAAAAAUCAUUUGUGAUGUUCCAGAGAAUGCUUUUAACUGAUUGUACAUUGUAUGCGAUAUACCAGACAAAUGCUUUUCUUAAAGUUAAUAAGAAAAUAGAUUUUUUGUAUGAGGUCACACAGCAUAAGCAUGUAGCUUUAGCCAAUAAGUGUUUUUCCAAAUGUAAUGCAUGGUUAUGUUCUGGUCAGUGAUGAACAAUCCUAUGAGACAGAAUGCAUAUGGGAUUUCUGUUUUACAAUUCACAUGUGAUUCAAAUUGGAUCAGAGGUUUGUCUCGUUUGUACUGAAACUUAAUAUUCAGGUUUUGUGAAUAACAGAUACUCAUACAAGGAAAAAUUGAUUAAAUUUACAGAAAA